CGUGACAACUUAGACAAUUUUAUUAGCGUUGUUUGUGUUCUUUAUUUAAAUAUUUUAACAAAAUGGAAGAAUUCAUCUUGAAAGUGCGAUCCAACCCGUGCCUUUGGGAUAGUAGCAGCGUAUUUUUUAGAGAUAACGCGCGAAAACAUGCUACAUGGGAAUCUGUGGCGAUGGAGUGCGGGAUGGCUGACGUAUCAGAAGCAAAGUCAAUAUGGAAGAGACUUCGAGACAGUCACAGAGAAGCAAUGAGAAGACGAAAAAUAGCUCAACAAACGCUAGCCCCAUGGAAAUACGAAGAUCUCAUGGACUUCCUUCUUCCCCAACCCAACAAUACAGAUAACAAUGGCUCUAACUUCACAAACGAAGAAGAAGAUAACGAAGAAUACCCUAAUAUAGAAUGUGAGGUUUCAGAAGAUGAAGACAUCAAACCAAAUAUUGUAGAUAUUACCAUUGAGCCAACAAACAAUCCACCAAUAAUGGAAGUCAAUAAAAGAGAAUCUUUCCUUGACAAUCUAGAAGAAAGAGAGAAAAGAAGGGCAGAACAGAACAGACAGAGAAGUGAUUUAAGGAAACAGUUGAUAGACGGGAAUAGAAAUACUGAGGAUGAUGCGCUUACGCACUUAUUUACAAGUCUCUGUCAGAAAACGAGAACGCUUCCAAAACAUCUGCAACUUCGCGUUCAGAGAGAGAUAUUCGAGUCUGUGACCAAAGCAGAAGAAGAAGCAUUAAAUUAUGACCUCCCAGAAGGUUCUGGUAGCUCCGAGACGAGGCCUACGAACAAAUCUGUGGAGUCAGUAAACGCUCAGAGUAAAAUUGUACGAAAUAAAGGUUCGGUAAAACCUGCUAAGCGGUUCAAAUUAUCUUUUUAACAUCAAGUUAAAGAGUAACUUUACUCCAAUAAAUGUUUUAUUAGAGUUAAAUAACGUAUUUGUAUGUGUAAACGUAAUUUGUAGGGGUAAGGCCAAUAGUUGUCGGUGCUAUUACUCUGUAUAUUAUGGUGGAGCGUUUUUAAAGCACUAUUUUAGAAUAGUUGUUCAAGGUGACCAUACUCUUAUUGUCAUCAAGUGGAUCUAGUAUGUUAUCUAUGAUCUCUUAAAAUAAUCAAGUCAUUCAUUAGGUACUUAGUCAGUUCCUUAAAGGAAGAUUUUUGAAUCAUCAGUUAACUUUUAAUUGAAGAAUCAUUUUGACAUAUCUCCCACGCUAAAACUGUCAACGUGCCAAUUUUAUUAAUCAGAUAAAAGUUAUUCGAUGAUUGAAAAAU